CCUCAACCCACGACAAACUCUGCCUCACGGCUCCAGCUCAUCACAACGCGCGUCGGACAUCGCGCGCAGCGCAUCGAAGCACGUCCGGAAGUGCUACACGGACUGCCGAAUCGCGUUCUGACGACUUUGACGACUUGCGAGGCGCUGGCGACGGGGGAGACGAGCUUGAGGUUCUCCUGGGCCGCUGGCCAGGACGGGGCGCUGCUGGGCCGCCAUCCGCCACUCGCGCACGACUGCGAUUUCCAUCAAACGAACGCGCUAUCGAGUCUUUGACAAGCUUCCGCUUGGCGCGAAUUUGAGUUUUGGGGGGAUUUUGUUGUCUUUUCGCGACCGCGCGGCGCGUUUUUCUGAUCUCCGCCCAGUCCGAUCCUCCACGUUCACGGUGCCCGUGCGGCGAUCAUCACAACAACAAUCGCAACCAUGGCGAACCUUCACUUUACGCAUUCGAGCGCUCCGCUCAAGACGGUCGAGGAGAUUCAGUUCGGCCUCAUGUCUCCCGAGGAGAUCAAGAACAUGAGCGUCGCCCACAUUCUUUACCCCGAGACCAUGGAGGAGAACAAGACCAAGCCGCGCGACGGCGGACUCAACGACCCUCUUCUGGGUUCCAUCGAUCGGCAGUUCAAGUGCAAGACCUGCGCGCAGGCGAUGGGUGAAUGUCCCGGCCACUUCGGCCACAUCGAGCUGGCCAAGCCGGUCUACCAUCCAGGCUUCAUCAAGAAGGUCAAGAAGAUCUUGGAGAUUGUCUGCCAUAACUGCAGCAAGGUGUUGUCCGAUACUGUUAGUCUAUGCUGAUAACUGCAAGGUAUUUCUGGGACUUGAUAGAUGCUAACCUGGUUUGAACAGAGCGAUCCAGAGUUCGUUGCCGCGAUCAACACGCGAGACCCAAAGCUCCGUUUCAACCGAGUCUGGGCCGUGUGCAAGAAGAAGCGCAAGUGCGAGAAUGAGGACCGCCAGAGCAAGGACAAGGAUGAGGACUUUGUGCCCGGGAUGAAAGCCGCGCCUGCGAACAACCACGGUGGAUGCGGUAACGUGCAGCCCGCCGUUCGCCAGGCCGCCCUGCAACUCAAGGCUGCCUUUGAUGUCGUGCAGGAGGAUGGGCCUAAGAGGCGAGAGACCGUCCCGAUCACGCCAGAGAUGGCUCACGGAAUCUUGCGGCGCAUUUCCGAACAGGAUAUGCGACACAUGGGCCUCAACUCCGACUACGCUCGCCCAGAAUGGAUGAUCGUCACAGUCCUCCCGGUCCCCCCUCCCCCAGUCCGACCCAGCAUUUCCAUGGAUGGCACGGGCACGGGCAUGCGGAACGAGGAUGACUUGACGUACAAGCUGGGUGAUAUCAUCCGCGCAAACGGCAAUGUCAAGCAAGCUAUCCGUGAAGGAUCCCCGCAGCACAUUGCGCGCGAUUUUGAAGAGUUGCUGCAAUACCACGUGGCCACAUACAUGGACAACGACAUCGCUGGACAGCCUCGUGCGUUGCAGAAGAGUGGCAGACCAGUCAAGGCCAUUCGAGCUCGCUUAAAGGGCAAGGAAGGACGUCUCAGAGGCAACUUGAUGGGAAAGCGUGUCGACUUCUCGGCUCGAACUGUCAUCACGGGCGACGCCAAUCUUUCUCUCCACGAGGUCGGUGUUCCUCGCAGCAUUGCCAGGACACUCACAUAUCCGGAGACGGUGACCCCGUACAAUAUUGGCAAGCUGCAUCAGCUCGUCGAGAACGGUCCCAACGAGCACCCCGGCGCCAAGUACGUCAUCCGAUCUGAUGGCACUCGCAUCGAUCUGCGACACCACAGGCGUGCCGCUCAAAUUUCCUUGGAGUACGGGUGGAAGGUCGAGCGUCAUCUCAUGGACGGUGACUAUAUUAUUUUCAACCGCCAGCCUUCUCUGCACAAGGAGUCGAUGAUGGGUCACCGCGUCCGCGUAAUGCCCUACUCGACGUUCCGGCUGAAUCUGUCGGUCACGUCGCCAUACAACGCCGAUUUCGAUGGUGACGAAAUGAACUUGCACGUUCCCCAGAGCGAAGAGACCCGGGCUGAGGUGAAGGAACUUUGCCUCGUGCCGAACAACAUCGUCUCACCUCAAAAGAACGGUCCUCUGAUGGGCAUUGUCCAGGACUCCCUUGCCGGAGUCUACAAGCUGUGCCGUCGAGACACCUUCAUUGACAAGGAGAUGGUUCAGAACCUGAUGCUGUGGGUUCCCAACUGGGAUGGUGUCAUUCCGCCUCCAGCCAUCUUGAAGCCGCGGCCCAGAUGGACAGGCAAGCAGAUUAUUUCCAUGGUCAUUCCUCAGGAAAUCAGCCUGAACAGCCCUGAAGGAGACAACCCAGACCUUCCGCCCAAGGAUGCUGGCGUUCUCAUUCAAAGUGGCCAGUUGAUGUACGGCCUGCUGAAGAAGAAGAACGUGGGUUCUGCCGCCGGAGGUAUCGUCCACCUCUGCUACAACGAGCUCGGCCCGGAGGGAGCUAUGGCUUUCCUGAAUGGCGUGCAGCAAGUGGUCACCUAUUGGCUUCUGCACAACGGCCACAGCAUUGGUAUCGGCGAUACUGUUCCCGACAAACAGACCAUUGAGAAGGUCCAGGUGCACAUCGAUACGCAAAAGGCCGAGGUGGCCCGGCUCACGGCCAUGGCUACGGCCAACGAGCUGGAGGCUCUUCCUGGUAUGAAUGUGCGAGCGACAUUCGAGAACAAGGUCUCCAUGGCUCUCAACCAAGCCCGUGACCAGGCCGGUACGACCACGCAAAGAAGUCUGAAGGAUUCGAACAACGCCGUCACAAUGGCCGAAUCCGGAUCCAAGGGAUCGUCUAUCAACAUCUCCCAAAUGACGGCGCUCGUCGGUCAGCAAAUUGUUGAGGGCAAACGCAUUCCGUUCGGCUUCAAGUACAGGACCUUGCCUCACUUCACAAAGGACGAUUAUUCGCCCGAGGCUCGUGGCUUUGUCGAAAACUCGUAUCUCCGAGGCUUGACUCCGACUGAGUUCUUCUUCCACGCCAUGGCUGGUCGCGAAGGUCUCAUUGAUACCGCAGUCAAGACUGCCGAGACGGGUUACAUUCAGCGACGUUUGGUCAAGGCUCUUGAGGAUCUCAGCGCGCGGUACGAUGGAACUGUUCGCAACUCGCUGGGCGACAUUAUUCAGUUCCUGUACGGCGAGGACGGUCUCGAUGCUAUGUGCAUUGAGAAGCAGAAGCUGGGUAUCCUGAAGAUGUCUGAUGCGGCUUUCGAGAAAAAGUACCGCCUGGAUCUUGCCAGUCCACCGGAGUGGUUCAAGGCGGACUACGAAUAUGGCAACGAGCUCACUGGCGACAAGGCCUCCAUGUCUCUCCUCGACGAGGAAUGGGACGCUCUCCUGCACGACCGCCGCGAGGUUCGUGCCAUCAACCGCACCAAGAUGGGAGAGGAGAUGAUGCAGCUCCCCCUCAAUAUUGGCCGCAUGAUCGAGACUGCCAAACGAGUCUUCAAUAUCAAGGCUACCGACCGCAGUAACCUGCGCCCCUCAGACGUCAUUCCGGCCGUGCAGAAGAUCUUGGGUGAGAUGAAGAUUGUCCGAGGACAAGACCCGAUCUCGCAGGAGGCGGACGCGAACGCGACUAUUCUCUUCAAGGCGAUGAUCCGGUCUCGCCUGGCCUUCAAAGAGAUUGUCAAGGUCCAUCGCUUGAACAAGCUUGCUUUCGACCACGUCCUUGGCGAGCUCCAGAACCGCUGGGACAGAUCGUUCGUCAGCCCAGGCGAGAUGGUUGGUGUCCUCGCGGCCCAGUCCAUCGGCGAGCCUGCGACGCAGAUGACCCUCAACACGUUCCAUUUCGCUGGUGUCUCGUCCAAGAACGUCACCCUCGGUGUGCCUCGACUCAAGGAAAUCCUGAACCUGGCAAAGGACAUCAAGACCCCUAGCAUGGCCGUCUUUUUGAACACGCCACUGGCAAAGCAGGAAGAGGCAAAGAAGCUGCGAAGCAUGGUCGAGUACACAAACCUGCGAUCCGUCACUUCUGUGACCGAGAUCUACUACGACCCUGACAUCGAGCACACCAACAUCGCCGAGGAUGUGGACAUGGUCGACUCGUAUUUCUUGAUCCCUGACGACAGCCAGGACAGCCUCGACAUGCAGUCGAGAUGGCUCCUGCGCAUCACUCUGGACCGGCAGAAGAUGCUCGACAAGGAGAUCAAGAUUGACGACGUUGCUCAGCGUAUUAAGGAGGAUUACGCUGCGGAUCUGGCCAUCAUUUACAGCGACAACAACGCCGAUGAGCAGGUGAUUCGUCUUCGGACGCUCAAGAAGGGCGACGAGAAGGACCGCGAGAGCGAGAUGGAGGACGAUGUCAUGCUCAAGCGCCUGGAGUCGCAUCUCCUCGAUAACCUCACGCUUCGUGGUGUGCCCGGAAUCGAGCGAGCCUUCCUUACCAAGGGCACUCGCCUGACCGUCGACGCAGACGGCACGGAGCUCGCCAUCAAGGACGACCCACGAUGCACCCAGUGGUAUCUGGACACUAGUGGUUCCGCACUGCGUGAGGUGCUUGCCGUGGAUGGCGUUGACGCGACGCGAACGUACACGAAUGACCUGUGGCAGAUUGUCGAGGUGUUUGGUAUCGAGGCGGCUCGAUCAGCCCUCGUGAAGGAGCUGACCAACGUGCUGGCCUUUGACGGCUCGUACGUCAACCAUCGUCACAUUGCCCUCCUGGUCGACGUGAUGACGUACCGAGGCAGCAUUUCGGCCGUCACGCGACACGGUAUCAACCGCGCCGACACUGGUGCGCUCAUGCGCUGCUCGUUCGAAGAGACUGUCGAGAUUCUGCUCGAGGCUGCGGCCACGGGUGAGCUAGACGACUGCCGAGGCAUCUCUGAAAAUGUGAUGCUCGGGCAGAUGGCGCCCAUGGGCACCGGCAACUUUGAUGUCUUCCUUGAUCCUAAGAUGCUGGAAACAGUCAUCUCGGACAACUCUCGGAUGGGUCUCAUGCCUGGUAUGCCUACGAAGGAGGGAGAAGCCGAAGGAGCGGCGACGCCUUACGACACGGGCUCGCCCAUGGCCGAUUCGGGCUACCUUAGCAUGAGCUCGCCGGCCGCCGGAAACUUCUCACCCAUCCAGGGCGCCGGGUCCGAGACGCCUGCAGGAUUCGGCACGGAGUAUGGCGGUGCCGGCUUCGGCGGCAUCGGGUCCAUGAGCCCCUACGCGAUGCGCGGUGCGACGAGCCCGUUCAGCACGUCGCCGACGUCGCCAUUCAGCGCCGGCAUGGGCGGCUACUCUCCGACAUCUCCCAAUGCGGGUUACUCGCCGACGUCGCCCCUCAUCGACGGUGCGGCAGGACGCUACGCGACCUCGCCAUCGUUCAGCCCUUCGUCGCCUUCGUUUUCGCCAACGUCGCCGAUGCUGCGGCCGACGAGCCCUGCAAGCCCCAACUACAGCCCAACUUCGCCGAGCUACUCGCCCGCCUCGCCGUCGUCUCCCCGACACUACUCACCCACAUCGCCGGCGCAGUUCAACUCGCCGACUUCGCCGAGCUACUCGCCAGCAAGCCCCAACUACAGCCCUGCCUCGCCUAAUCUGCACGGCGCCGGGCCUACCUCUCCUUCAUACUCGCCAGCCUCUCCUUCGUGGUCGCCGACCUCUCCCGAGGCGUACUCGCCAACUAGUCCCAGCUUCUCGAGGAGCCCCGGCAAUCAGCAGUCGCCGACCAGCCCCAGCUACUCGCCGACUUCUCCUUCCUUCUCUCCCCGGACGCCGGGUCCGGGUAAUUCGGGGAACCAGUACUCCCCCAACUCGCCGUCUAACGAUUGAUUUCCCUCUGAAUAAUGCAUACGAGGCACAGGCUGUCUUUCUAUUCCUUGAAGUUUUUGUUGAUUUCCUGGCCCCGGGGUUUUGCGAGAAGGGUCGUUACGCAUGAUAGAACCCAAAAGCGGCGUGUGACAUACAAAGGGGAGGGUUUUUUUGAUGAGCGCGAAAGAAAGUCAGCAAAACAAGACAAAAAAAUUUCCCAAGGGGAGUUGCGUGGCCCAGCGAAGGCAAUGGGCACGGGCAAGAGAGGUGGUGGUGGUGCCGGCGGUGGCGGCAGCAAGCAGGCUGGUGUGUACAGUAACAGCAAGACACUGCGAGGAGCGUGCGCGUGGGCGAAGCGGUGACAGCGACGGGCUGGCGGGGUGCGAGGCAGCAGAUUGGAACUAGAUCAGAUUGCAUGCGACGCUGGGGUAGUGGCAGUGGCAGCGGUAGAAGCCGAG